AUGGCGGGCCGGAGUAUGCAAGCUGCGAGAUGUCCUACAGAUGAAUUAUCUUUAACCAACUGUGCAGUUGUGAAUGAAAAAGAUUUCCAGUCUGGCCAGCAUGUGGUUGUGAGGACCUCUCCCAACCACAGGUACACAUUUACACUGAGGACCCAUCCAUCAGUGGUUCCAGGGAGCAUUGCAUUCAGCUUACCUCAGCGAAAAUGGGCUGGACUUUCUAUUGGGCAAGAUAUAGAAGUGUCCUUAUAUACAUUUGACAAGACCAAACAGUGUGUUGGCACAAUGACCAUUGAGAUUGAUUUCCUACAGAAAAAAAGCAUCGACUCUAAUCCUUAUGAUACUGACAAGAUGGCAGGAGAAUUUAUUCAACAGUUCAACAACCAGGCAUUCUCAGUGGGACAACAGCUUGUAUUUAGCUUCAAUGAAAAGCUUUUUAGCUUAGUAGUAAAGGAUAUUGAAGCCAUGGAUCCCAGCAUCCUGAAGGGAGAGCAGGGGACAGGUAAAAGACAAAAGAUUGAACUAGGAUUGGUUCUUGGAAAUAGUCAAGUUGCAUUUGAAAAAGCAGAAAAUUCAUCACUCAAUCUUAUUGGCAAAGCUAAAACCAAGGAAAAUCGCCAGUCUAUCAUCAAUCCUGACUGGAACUUUGAAAAAAUGGGAAUAGGAGGUCUGGACAAGGAAUUUUCAGAUAUUUUUCGACGAGCAUUUGCUUCCCGAGUGUUUCCUCCAGAGAUUGUGGAACAGAUGGGUUGCAAACAUGUUAAAGGCAUCCUGUUAUAUGGGCCCCCAGGUUGUGGUAAGACUCUCUUGGCUCGACAGAUUGGCAAGAUGUUGAAUGCAAGAGAGCCCAAAGUGGUCAAUGGGCCAGAAAUUCUUAACAAAUACGUGGGAGAAUCAGAAGCUAACAUUCGUAAACUCUUUGCUGAUGCUGAAGAGGAGCAAAGGAGGCUUGGUGCUAACAGUGGUUUGCACAUCAUCAUCUUUGAUGAAAUUGAUGCCAUCUGCAAGCAGAGAGGAAGCAUGGCUGGUAGCACAGGAGUCCAUGACACUGUCGUCAACCAGUUGCUGUCCAAAAUUGACGGGGUAGAACAGCUGAACAACAUCUUAGUCAUUGGAAUGACCAACAGACCAGAUCUGAUCGAUGACGCUCUCCUUCGACCUGGAAGACUGGAAGUUAAAAUGGAAAUAGGCUUACCAGAUGAAAAAGGUCGACUACAAAUCCUUCACAUCCACACAGCCAGGAUGAGAGGGCAUCAGUUACUCUCUGCAGAUGUAGAUAUUAAAGAACUGGCCACAGAGACCAAGAAUUUCAGCGGUGCUGAAUUGGAGGGUCUGGUGCGAGCAGCACAAUCCACUGCUAUGAACAGACACAUAAAGGCCAGUACUAAAGUUGAAGUGGACAUGGAAAAAGCAGAGAGCCUGCAGGUGACAAGGGGAGAUUUCCUUGCUUCUUUGGAGAAUGAUAUCAAACCAGCAUUUGGCACAAACCAAGAGGAUUAUGCAAGUUACAUUAUGAAUGGUAUUAUCAAGUGGGGUGAUCCAGUUACUCGUGUUCUAGAAGAUGGAGAGCUGCUGGUCCAGCAGACGAAAAACAGUGACCGCACACCAUUGGUUAGCGUCCUAUUGGAAGGCCCUCCUCACAGUGGGAAGACUGCAUUAGCUGCAAAGAUUGCUGAGGAAUCCAACUUCCCCUUCAUCAAGAUCUGUUCUCCUGAUAAGAUGAUUGGCUUUUCUGAGACAGCCAAGUGUCAGUCCAUGAAGAAGAUCUUCGAUGAUGCAUAUAAAUCCCAGCUCAGUUGUGUAGUUGUGGAUGAUAUUGAGAGACUGCUUGAUUACGUCCCUAUUGGCCCUCGAUUUUCUAAUCUAGUAUUACAGGCUCUUCUUGUAUUACUGAAAAAGGCUCCUCCUCAGGGCCGCAAGCUUCUUAUUAUUGGGACCACUAGCCGCAAAGAUGUCCUCCAGGAGAUGGAAAUGCUAACCGCUUUCAGCACCACCAUCCACGUGCCCAACAUUGCCACAGGAGAGCAGCUGUUGGAAGCUUUGGAGCUUUUGGGCAACUUCAAAGAUAAGGAACGUACCAUAAUUGCACAGCAAGUAAAAGAUAAAAAGGUCUGGAUAGGAAUCAAGAAGCUGCUAAUGUUGAUCGAGAUGUCCCUACAGAUGGAUCCUGAAUACCGUGUGAGAAAAUUCUUGGCUCUCUUAAGAGAAGAAGGAGCUCGCUCCCUUGACUUUGAAAAUGGACUAUUUGCACACACAUAG